CUUCGUGCGUAGUAGCAGGAUCAAUCGACUCCAUCCAGAAAGGAAAGAAGAAAUCAGGCAGCUCAAUGCCGUCUGCCUGCCUGCCCGUUGUCCCAUCCACGCCAAGAGCCUUCCUUGGCCGCACCCCGUGCAUGUCCUUUUUCUUUAUCAUCGUCAGCACUGCAAACAAAAACAAAACAAAACAACAUCACAGCACAGCACAACACGGCACAAUACAACAGCCGCCUGGCCUGUCCGCCCCGUGUACCUACUACUACACGACAUAUGCGCAAGGUAGUACUCCAUCACCCGUUCGAAUAGCCCUCUUUUCUACCUACCAUUUCCCUACCCGCCGCCAUCAUCUCCAGAGUGCCUGAUUAUCCACUGUUACCCAUCGACCGACCGUUUCCUCGCGCGUUUGCAUCGAUCCCUGCUUUGGCACCCCCGCCCGCCCGCCCCGGAAAAGCAUCUCCCACGAAAUUAGCUGCCCAACCGACCGGCCGCAUUCGACGCCAUCCAGACCCCCCUGGCCAUUAAUUUACCUUCAAGGGGUCCCCCGUCGGGCACCACACUGCAUGGACAUGGCUCCUGUCGCUGGGCUCGGGCUUGGGGUUGCACAGGCGAUGCCCCUGGCCGGCACUUUCGACAUCCUCGAGGACGAGGCCCUCAUCUCCUUGGGCUCCCCUUCGCCCUCGCCGCCACCAUCAUCACCACCACUACUACCACAACAGCUACACAACUCAUCCGCCAGGGACGUGCUCGAGGAGCUCUCGGUUAAGCACAGACAAAAUAGCCUUUCGGCCCCUGCCGCGGUCCAACAGCCGUCCAAGCCGACGAACACGCUUGAGUCUGACUCUCCGUCUCCCGAGACCAGGCCUCAGAGCAAGCCCGCCUGGCGGGUGGCAUCUCGCAACCGUCGCCCUCCAAUCGAGUCGGAGACGUUUGAGCCGCUUGAUGCGGUGAUUGAAGAGUCAAGCACGCUUCUUCAGGAAGUCGAAGCACCUGAGACGCCUCGGUCUGUGCCCGCCCAGGAGCUCUCACACGAGCCUCUUGUCCAAGAUUUUGCACAGCAAAGGCCUCAUCCACUGGAUUCACUAGACUCUGACCCCGACAUCCGGGACCAGGUCGAGAAGCACCUUGCAGCCACGCCACUCAAGGCAGAUGCAUACGUUGUCCUAGGCGAAAUGGAAGGUUCCGAACAAGGAGUGGUGGUGAGCGUCACUGAGCCACCUCCAUACCCCGGUGGCCCGCUCAAAGUGCCCGAGGUUGUGACUGCGGUGAAGCAAGCGCUGUCGCCGUCUCCCUCCAUCAUCAGCGACCUCAGUAGCAGCAUCGGCGACAGGUCAUCCAGGACGGGGUCAUUCUCGCUACCGCGCAUUGAAGACUCACUGGAGGAGCUGGAUAAGCUGGAAGAGGAACUCGAGGCCGUCAAUGAGGCUGCCCUCUCACGUCCAGUUGCGGUGCCGCAGGAUGCCAUCGGGCCCACCAAGGCGUCUCCCAAGACUCCAUCUAUACGCGGAACCCCAACGGCGCCUGGGCGUCCGUCGAUGGCUGUGCAGUCGGCCACAGUCCGGGUCAAGCGAACCAGCAACGCGAGACCCUCUCUUCGGCGGACGGCGUCCCUCACUCUGCACGAGAAGAAAGCAGACGGCCCAGAGCCCGCAGUGGAGCAAAAGGCGGCAGGCCCAUUGACGGCCCGAGCCAAGCCGGGCACCGCACGUACAGGUGCAGCUACGGCCAAGACGCCGGUCAAGUCCACUAAGCCGCCUACCGUGCCCAAGUUUGAGCUCCCGGGCGAGGCGGUCGCGAGACGUCUGAAGGAGCAACGCGAGGCGCGCGAGGCCAAGCAGGUCGAGGCGCAAAAGGCUCCCCCCGCCCCAACGAGGACCAGGAUUAACAGACCACUGGCCAAGCCAACGUUUGAGCUCCCGGGCGAGGCCAUCUCGCGUCGCAAGAGGGAAGAGCGUGAGGCGAAGCUCAAGGCGGAAGCUGAAGAGGAACGAAAGAAGCGCGAAUUCAAGGCACGCCCAGUGCGCCACAGCAUCGGCCCCGCGACGCUGCCGCGGGCGACACUGGCGAGUCUUGCUCGGCAGACCAAGACAUUGCAGAACGAGGCUGAGGAGAAGAAAGCCGAGGCGGGAAAGCUCAAGCGCAUGUCCAUGGGUUCGGUGCGUGCUGGAACAGCCGCGUCUGCGAGCCCGCAGUCGCCGCAGACACGCGGAAGACACUCAACGGCCGCCGUGCUGGAAAACACGAGCCGUGCGACGUCGGCUUCCACGGGUAGGAGCAAGCGGAGCACGUUGUCGGCCGAAGAACUAGAGCAGCAGAGGCUCCGGGGCAAGAAGAUCCUGGAGAGGGACAGCACGCUCGCCAAGGACAAGGAGCGGGAGCGGCGCGAGAGAGAGGCACAGGCGAAGACUGCGCGGGAGCAGGCUGCUGAACGCUCUAGAAUUGCGAGUCGGGAGUGGGCCGAGAAGAAGCGGCGUAGGGAAGCGGCUGCAAAGGCCAAGGAGGCCUGAGGGCGAGGGCGGAAGGCAACAAAACAUUUCUGGUGUCUGGUUGGGUCUGUUUUCGGGAUUCUAGCACAAGCACGGCGUCGGCGCGGGCUGCAUGCAUGCAACUGUAUAGCAUUGUUUGAUUGUCGUACGGAUAGUAUACGUGUACUUGUUUGGGGCCUCGGCAUAGCCGCAUGUACUUUGUAACACGUUGAUAGUGAUUCGAUGCAUUUGGAC